GCCGACUUUCGGGUUCGCGACCUUUCGCCAUGAGCAACACUAGAGCGACGUCCAAGGCUGGCGUGACGGGAACGUCGACCAAGAAGAUCGCGCCGAGCUCGUCUCGAUCCCGCGUGUCCAGGAGCAAUGAUCCGUCCAACGCGUCGCAUUCAAGGCUCGUUGGCGCAUCGAGCAAAAUCGCGGGCAGCAGCAUGCAUGCCAGAGGAGGCGGCGGCAACCAAGCGACCCAAGUGUACUUGGACGGCGUAAAUGUGACACCACAGUCCCUGCUCUUCACAAGGAGCAAAGCACCAGAAAAGUCUGGCGCUGGACGUCCCAAACCCUCCAAGAAAACAUCAGAACAUGACCAUACGUCGGGCGCGUCCGUGGCGGCGUCAUCGACCAACUCAGUGUUCUCUGACGGCGAAGGGUCGUCGACUGGUGGAGACUCUGGCAAAUCGUUAGAUGCGAUCCUGGCGGGAGUGCCAUCGAUGAAAGUGACGACCACUCCAGCUGCGCCACCCACAAAGAAGCCAGAAACCACCGAGGACGGCGACGGUGACGGGCUGACUGGCAUCGACGACCAUGGCCACUUGGACGCUGGGACGCAGGCGCUGCGACCGAAAAGCGCAGUGGAUGGCCGACCAGGCACAGCGAGAGCCGACAGCACAAUCAUGGAAGGCCCCGUGACGAUUCGAUUCACGGAAACACCUACCAUGAUGCUAUUCGAGUGGCGCAGCAUCUGCGUUGGCCAGGACACACCGGAGCAUGGCGUCGUUGUGGCAAAGAACCGAAAGUACUUGGAGAUGUGCGGGAGUAAGCGCGGCAGCGACAACUAUGUCGAGAAUCGAACCCAGACACUUCAGCUGGCUCAAAAGACCAAGGAGGUCAUGACAGCUCCGCCCGCCACCCGCGACGCAGCUUCCAGCGCCACCGACUGGGAUAUCUUUGACUGCGCCAACACGGACGUCGACUUGUCUGGAAAUGACCACGAUGAAGUCGGGCUGGAUGCCGCGCCAAAUAAAUCGAAAGCCGCUGUCGAUGCCGAGAACGUCGAUGCCCAGCUUACGAAACAAGUGGACGAAAUCGUUAGCGCUUCUCUUGCGUCCCCAGGGUGCUUGCUGCUCACGGAAGGGGCGGAGCUCCUGAGUGACCUCAAAGCCCGGCAACGGGCGCUCCAGCCCUCGUCUCGCCACAAACCGAACGCCCCGACGACGUCAUCGCAUCAUGGGGGGACAGGGGGCGCCGCCGCCAGUGGAGACUCGAAGCUGUUGCGGGCGUCCCGCGUCAUCCACAACUCCCGCGCCGUCGUCGGUUCCAGCGCCAACAGCAUUAGCGGCACGUCCGUGGCGGGGGGCGGCGGCAGCUCAGCUAACGCCAACAGCUCGGCGACUGCCAAUAACAACACGUCGUCGCAGAGCGACGUGACAAGCGGCGACAUCAGCUCCAGCAGUCACGCCGAUAUCUCCCGCUCGAGCGCCAACUCGGACGGGUCCAACUCUGCCGAUGGCAAAGGCGCUAACAACGCGUACGCUACGGCUAAUACGAACGUCGAUCUCGCUGAAAUCAUCGCGGAGCAAAAGACGCAGCACGUCCUGGCAUCGGCGGGUUUGCUCAAGACGUUGCAAGUGCUGGAACGAGCAGUGCAACAAAACUUUUACCACGACAGGCACCUGUUGUACCGCAACUUUCCACUGCUGACAGGUGCGUCGCAGCGCCCGAACCGGCUUGCCGUCGGCGGGCUGUCGUCUUCCAUGAGCAACGUCCUGGAGAAAUCGACCGACCUGGAGAAACUCUGGGGAUUCUCGUGUUCGCUGACAGCCGGGCGCACUGUGUCGUGUGUGGCGUGGAACCCGGUCAACGACGACUUGCUCGCCGUGUCGUACGGCCAAUUUGACGCGGCCGCCGACGACACGUCCGACGGGCUGGUUUUGUUUUGGUCGCUCAAGAACCCCGAGUACCCCGAACGAGUGUACAAACUCGGCUGCGGCGUGACUUCGAUCGAUUUCAGCCGGCUGCAUCCCAACUUGCUCGCCGUUGGAUUCCACAAUGGCGUUGUCGCGCUGUUUGAUACGCGAAAGAACGACGCAGUGCCGAUUCUGUCGAGUGAGAGCAACAGCGGGUCCCACUUGGACGUUGUGUGGCAGGUCAAGUGGGUACACAAGGGCAGCGAGCGGGGCGAGAGCAUCGUGAGCGUAUCGUCGGACGGCCGCGUGACCGAAUGGAGCAUGAAGAAGGGGCUGAGCUUCUCCGACUUGAUGACGCUCAAACGAGUUCCCAACCCACUCAUGGGCUCCGAAGCCCGCAUCGACGGCGUGAUCGCGCGGCAGGCGAGCGGCAACUGCAUCGAGUUUGCCCAGAAUGACAGCUCUGUCUACUUUGUCGGGACAGAGGACGGCAAUAUUCACAAAUGCUCGUGUUCGUACAACGAGCAGUACUUGGAGACGUACUACGGGCAUACGGCGGCGGUGUAUGCAAUUCACAUGUCGCCGUUCUGGAACCAACUCCUCUUGAGCUGCUCAGCGGACUGGACGGUCAAGCUAUGGCACCAGGCAGAGCAGCGCGAAGUGCUCAAUUUUCGAUCGGUGGAUUUGUGCCAUGGCGUGUACGGCGUUGCGUGGUGCCCCAGCGACGCGACCAUCUUUGGCAGCGUCACGGAAGACGGUCGAAUCGAGAUCUGGGACCUGGAGCAAUCUGUGCUCGACCCGAUCGUGACAUAUUUCCCCAAGGAACAAGUACACUGCACGUGCAUCUCGUUUGCGCCGUCGUCGCCCGUGCUGGUUGUCGGCGACUCGACGGGCGAAGUCGGCGUCUAUCGCGUGCCGACGCUGGCUGAAGGACGAUGCGUUGGGCAAACCGUGGACGAUCAAAUCGAGCGCCUCAAGCGCGCUGUGUUGCCACACCAAGGCGAGUAGGAUGUCCGAGUCGUAAGAUGCACGUAAUGCAACCAACUCAAACUCUUGUUCAUGCACG